AUGGCUAUCAGAGAGGAGAUUGUGGCUUCGGCUGCACAAUUUCUCCAAGACCCUAGUGUCGCCGCUUCAUCCAUCGACAGCAAGGUCGCCUUCUUGCAAGCAAAGAACCUCACCGCUGAGGAGGUAGACGCCGCCUUGGCUCGCAGCGGCGCGCAUUCUGCUCCGGUCGCUGCCGCGCCGCCGGCAGCUUACUCGGCACCACCGGCCCAACCCCAAGCGGGCAUGGUUCCCGCACCCGGAUACUACCAGCCACAAUACCCUCCGUAUGGAUGGCAAAGACCACCGCCAGAAGUCCCUAAGAGGGAUUGGAGGGACUGGUUCAUCAUGGCGACCGUCGUGGGAGGUGUUGGUUAUGGUGUUUUGGAGCUGACCAAGCGCUACAUCUACCCCCUUGUGGCACCGCCUACCCCCGAAAGACUUGAAACGGAUAAGCAGUUGAUCGAGGAGCAGUUCGACAGGCAAUUCGCGCUUGUCGAGCAGCUCGCCAAGGAUACAGAGGCCCUCAAGGCGGCCGAGCAGCAACGGACAGAACGACUCGACACGGCGAUCCUGGAGCUCGAGACCACCAUGGCAGAACUCAAAUCGGCCAACAGGCGGCGUGAGGACGACGCCCAGCGGCUACGGGAUGACAUGCAGAACUUCAAAGACGCCCUGCCCAAGGCAUUGGAGGCGCAGAAGGACGUCGCCAGUGAACGCCUCAGGGAGGUCAUCACGGAGCUGAACAGCCUCAAGACCCUCAUAGGGCAGAGGAUGACUGGACCCGCCACGCCAUCGCCUGCUUACAGCAACUACCUACGACCCUCGGUCAGCCCAGCUCCCGUGUCCCCCUCAGCUACAGAAAACAACUCUACUCCCGGCACCGGCGCGAAUGGAACUGCGGCACCCGAGGCCCCCAAGCCCCAGACCCCGGCGACCAGCAGUGGUCGCCCGACUUUCGGUAUCGGUGGAGCAGGCAGCAGCGGCAUGUCGGCAUCUAUUCCGAGCUGGCAGCUGGCCAUGUCGACUCCUGCCGCUAGCGGAACCAACGGUACACAGAGCGGACAAGCCUCGGCAGCAACCCCGCCUGCAUCAAGCUAG